AUGCGUUUCACCCUUCCCGGUGAUGCCAUUCCGGACGAGGCAGCAUUUCCUGUUUUAAAGGCAGCGCUAGACUCUGGGGCAAACGUCUGGAAUGCCGCCGAUUUCUACGGGACACCGGAAAAUAAUUCUUUGCACCUCCUGCAGCGCUAUUUCUCUCAAUACCCGUCCGAUGCGGAGAGGGUGGUCCUGAGCGUCAAGAGUGGGGUUGCAGAUAUGCGUACCUUUUCUAUGGAUAGCUCCCCUGCUGCAAUCCGGCAAUCGGUGGAUCGCGCCAAUGCUAUCCUUGCGGGGACCAAGAGAAUUGAUCUGUUCGGGCCUGGCCGUGUGGACCCGCACGUUCCGAUCGAAGAAACAGUCGCCGCCUUGAAAGAACUGGUCGAGGAAGGUAAAAUUGGGGGAAUUCAGCUUAGUGAGGUUCACUCGAACACCAUCAUCCGGGCACAUGCGGUGGCGAAAGUGGAUAUGGUGGAAGCAGAGAUAAGCUUGUGGGCAACGGAUGUGUUUGAGAACGGAGUUGCCAAAACAUGUGCCGAACUCGGUAUCGUGAUGGAGGCACAUACACCUCUUGGGGCUGGCAUGUUGACAGGAAGGAUUAGAAGUCCUGAGGAUAUACCUCCCCAUGACUAUCACCGACGGUUUCCCCGAUUUCAGCCCGAGAACCUCCCGACCAACCUGCAGUUAGUAGAAAAGGUGAAGGAGGUAGCGAAGGUGAAAGAAUGUACUCCUGCGCAGCUGGCACUGAGUUGGCUUCGAACUCGCAGUGGCGCGGGAGAGUGGCCAACAAUCAUCCCGCUUCCAGGAGCACGCGCAGUGGAGAGGGUCAGGGAAAAUAACACUCAUGUGCCACUAUCACAGGGUGACAUGGGACAGCUUGACGACAUCCUUAGGAGGUUUCCUGUAGCCGGAGACCGCUAUCCAGCUGCCGCCGCCAAGUUGACUGAGUAUUAGGUUACAGUAGCUACUGGUAUGGGGAUCAUCAAUCGCUCAUUCCGGGCCCAAAUUUGCCGACUCAGAGAGCUAUAUUAUAUAUCGUGCCCAAGAGAGAAGAGAUAGGAGCGACAAUGGCGAGGAAGAAAAACCAGCAGAUCCUUCAGCUCAUCUAGCUUUCAUCACCCA